UUUAAGACAUAUUGUCAAAACUAAAAAGAGAUGAUUGUAAUGAAAAGGUUUCAGGUUUUUACAGUGAUGCUACUUAUGGUUUUUGUCCAAUCAGGUCUGGUGAGAGAGACUCUGGGACACCCAUGUGGUCGAACAUUUUUGUCGGCUUUGAUUCAGCUAGUGCCUUGUAGACCAUCAGUUGCUCCGUUUAGCACAUUGCGUCCGAACGAGCUAUGUUGCGCUGCCAUCAAGACACUUGGUCAACCUUGCCUAUGUGUUCUUGCCAAGGGACCACCCAUCGUUGGCGUUGACCGGACCCUAGCUCUCCAUUUACCUGGAAAGUGUUCUGCCAAUUUCCCUCCAUGUGAGGUGUUAAAGUAGAAGCAAUUGUUUGACAAAGGAAAAAGCUUCUCUUAAAAAAUAUGUUUCUGAUGUUAAUUUUGUCGUCAAGUGUUGUUUCUUCCUUUAGCCGUACUUGUGUUUUUACAUUAGUUGUUCCUUUUGUACUUAAAUAAAAGCAAGAUUUGCGCACAUUUAAGGAGUUUGCAUUUUAUAAUGUAUAAAUGGUUUUGAUGAUUUCUUAGUGUAACAAAA